CAAGAAGCGCUAGAACCCUGGAGGCGGAGGUUGCAGUGAGCAGAAAUCACGCCACUGCACUCCAGCCUGGGCCACAGAGGGAGACUCCGUCUUAAAAACAAAUAAUCAAAAAAGCUGCCCCUCACCCACCUUGUGUGAAUAAGGAGAAUGUCCCUGUUUCCUCCCUCUGGCCUUGCCCCAUGUGUACAGCCCUGGGGGUUUUCUUGGCUUCAUCUCCCAGACCUUUGGAAGCCUAGAGAAGCUCUGCCCUCGCCCAGGCAGGAGGGUGGCCCCCCAUCCUAGGGCAGCCUCACUUACCAUGGAGGAUGCGGUACCAUACACGCCCAAACUCGCCCUCGUCCGCGUCUGUGGCUUUCAGCUGAGGGAGAAUGAGACAUGAGUUACUUCUUGAAUGCCACCCAGCAGGGAGAUAAGAGGUUUUUAGACCCCCUUUCCUUCCCGUCACGCAUCCUACCCCAUCCUGCCAAAACCAGUGGUCUCCCACAGAGGCUGGGGGUGUGGGAGACAAGGGGACGUGUGCGUCUUUCUGAUCCCCAUGAGGAUGUCCAACCGCUGAAGGCCCCUGUGGCCCUGUCCAGGGCCAGCUCUGCCUCUGAUCCUCCUUCAGGUUCACCGGGAGGACAGGGGAGAAGGUGAAAGAUGGCACUGCAGCUCGCUGGGUUGAGGCUCUCUCAGGCUGUCCCAUCCCUCCACAUCCCUACCCAGCAGCCUUUCGGAGCCCAGGAACCUCUCCCAGGGUGCCUGGACAACAGGGUUGCUUCUUGCCUGCAUUUCCUUGGCCCGAAACUAUUCUGGCCACACUGGGUCCCAGCCAGCACUGUACACUGUAACCGUCACUUCAUGGAAGCCCAGGAGCCCUCCUCCCACGUGAGUGCUCCAUGUUCAUUCACAUGCACCAUCACCCCAGUCUAGCUUCAGAUCGGCCCGUAUGGCUGCACCUCAGGCUUAUGUGUUUAUGUGUUGCCUCUGGUGGGCUUGUAUGUGGGGGGGAUGGUGUUGUCACUCUGAGACACUGCCUAGUGCUCAGCCCUUUUUACAAGGAGUCCAGCCUCAAGGCUCCUGGUAGAACCAUAGCUGACCCCAAUGUGAGUCCUGUCAAGCCAACAACUGAAUAACUACUUUACCCACUGUCCACCCAAAACAAGUGGAGAACAACCCCCCACUCCCCCAGGGCAGUGCAGGAAGAGGCUGGAACCUCCCAUGACAUGUCGUCCUGUUGGAUCUGUGGUGAAUUGCUUUGUAAGACCCUGGGCUCUCCCACUUCUUCUGGGUCUGCCCCUCCUUCUCUCACCACCUCUCACUUCAACCCUGUGGUGUGCACGGGAGCUGCCAUUUUCUUCCUGACCCUGCCAAGAUGGUCAGAGGGGAUUGGUCCAGGACCAGGUGCCUGAUCAAAGCUCAGCCAAUCGCAUCCUUCUCUGGGAUUGUUGAUCUUGGGCCCAGAGAGAUUGAGUCAGUCUUUCUAGAAGUAAAAUGCGGGAAUAUCAACAGCCCCUCUCUUGCACACCCCUGGGCCCCAUCUCCCACCACUCUCCUCUUAACUGCCCUAGCACACUGGUCUCCUGGCUGUUUCUUGAACACCAAGCGUGUGCUGGCCUCAUGGCUUCUGCCCUGGCUGUUUCCUGGCAAGCUCUCCCUCCAGAUACUUGCAUGUUCAUGCCCUCAUCUCCUUCGGUUUUUAAUCAAAUAUCUUCUCCUAAGACCCUCCCUGUGCACUGCAUAUGAAACUAUAGCCCCCACUCCAAUGUCCUGGCCUUCCCUACCCCCAGUCACCCUCUGAUACACACUAUCUUUGUUUAUUGCCUAUAUCCCCACAGGAAGAAAGGGUUUUGUGCGCUGCGACAUCCCUGGUCUCUGGAACAACAAUCCUGGCACACAGUAGGAUCAAACAUGUGAAUGACUUAGAAGCAGAGCUCCAGGGAGAGGAACUAGGCUGACAGUGAGCACGAGUGAAGGACACAUACAACACUCAGCCCUGGUUUGCAUCCCUGGGCCCAGCUAUUCCAGGAGCCCAUCUCUGCCUCGCCUCCUGUUUGAUUUUUCCUUUGAUCCUGGGGGGUAUCCCAGUAUUGCUCCUUCUUCUCCUUCUGCCUAGAUUAUUAGACACUUCUCCUUCUGCCUAGAUUAUUAUUAAUUUUUUGUAGAGACAGGGUCUUGCUAUAUUGCUGAGGCUGGACUUGAACUCCUGAGCUCUAGCAAUCCUCCCGCCUUGGCUUCCCAAAGUGCUGGGACUACAGGUGUGAGCCACCAUGUCUGGCCCUGCCUAAGAUAAUAUAGAAUGGAUUUUCUUUCUUGCCACCCAAAGCCCUAAUGCAGGGUUUCCUAUCUUUGCUCACCGGACAAACCUGCAGAGAAGAUGGGGAUGGGUUCCUGCUAGCAAAGAUCAAGAAAACAGUGAGGGUGGGAUUGGCUGAAGGCUUCCAAAGGAGGGAGCUGGGUUUGGAAGGAUGGCGGAAACCUGGCUUAGCAGAGAGAGGUGGAACAUUUGUGCUGGGAAACAGUGUGAGCCGAAGUAGAGGCAGCUGGGGAGGCUGAGGAAGGAACUGGGACCCCAGUCUAGAGUGAAGGGUUCAUGCAGGGACAGCAGAGGGCUGUGGUUGGAAGAGUGGAAUGACAGCCUCAAUCAGCAGCACUGAGGCCCUGGAGCCUCCACAGGACGGCGAACACAGACAUGGUGGUAUGGAGGGAGAGCAAGGAGCCCACAGCAGGCGCUGGCCUGGUCAGGCUCGAUGCACACCCGGACGCUGCUGUAAGCAUGUCUGAGGAUUCUGAUGAGCAUGUUGACGGUGGGGAGGAGGACCGAUACACUGGAGCAAGAAGAACAAGGGCUCUGGGUCAGGCACACCCAAGCAUGAAUUUAGGAUUUGUCACUUACUCUCUAUGGCACCAUGGAUAAGUACUUUAGCCCCCUUGAGCCUCAGUUUCCUCAUCUUUAGACUGGGCACAAAGAUGACCAACCUUGCAGGGUUGAGAGGAAGAUCAGAAGUCAUCCUGCAAAGCAUCUUGGCUGGUGCCUAGCAUGGGGAUGUGUGGUAAAGGUUGACAUGAGUGAUGCCACCUUCUCCAGGGAGCCCUCUUGAUUUAUGCCAGAGCUGGGGAUGGCUGGGUUGCCCCUUGCCUUGCAGUUCCUUCUCUCCCCAUUCCCUGAGAAAUCUUAGGAGCUGGCAGGUGGAGGGAUGUAACAGGGUGCUUCAAUUGUCCAGAUCUGGAAGGGCUCAGGACUGGGAAGAGAGCCACGUUGCCCAGAGCACGCCCUUGUGUGUCUAUCGAUGGUGAGAUUUCCUUGACGCCUCCCUGCUCCAGCAGCCUGCACCACCCUGGAAGCUUUGCCUUCUGCCAUCUCAGGAGGAACGGGGGCCACAGAUGAAGUGUUCAGUUGGUUUUAGAAGAGGAAGUUAAGGAAAAUGAGGGCAGUGAAGGCUGUGAUGGGAGGGGCAGGAAUCCCAAUGGGGGUUCUGGGCAUUGGGAACACCUUUGGGCUGGAUGCUUUGCCUACACUGGAUGCCUACUGCCUGCCCCUGCCCACCCGGCACAGGGGAAACACCAACUCCCCCACCUCUCCCUUGCUGCGUGCCUCUGGGCAGAUCACACCUCUUUGGGCCUCAGUUUGGUCAUCUCAGAGAAGACGGGGCUCUUCUCUCAGAAGAGGAGUUAGAUGACCCUUGAGGACCUCUCCAGCCCUAACAGCCCAUAGGAAAGCUCCUGUCCGCCUUGGGGUUGGCAGACAGUGCCUCCUUUUGUGGGUAAGGGCAGGAGGGAAGAGCUAAAAACCAUAAACUGGGGCUCCAAAAAAGGGAAUGGGUCCGAGGCUCAGGUCUUGGACACAGCCAUGACUCCCGUCUUGAGUUGCACUUCUGGGAGCUUGGAGGUCCCUCGUGGGGAAGCUGCGGAAGACUUGGGCUCCUAAGCAGGCAGCUGGUUGCCAGGGAACCUCUGGCUUCCGGGGAGAAAGAAGGCUGGGGGAGGGAAGUGUGUGUCUGUGUUUGUGUGUGUUUGUGUGUGUGUGUGUGUGUGUGCGUGUGUGUGGUUUGGAAAGAGCCUCCGGUGGAGGUCUCCUGUGGCUCACCCGCACUGUGGGGAGCAUGGCCUUUGCAGUCCCUCACUCCUAUGCUUUCUGCUCUGGGAUCCCCCUGACCUUUGAAGAUGCCCCUCACCCCUCGCUUCUGUAGCCAGACACCUUCAAAGGAAAGGUGCUUUUCUAGAAGCCGAGGGAAAAGCCUGGAAGGAGCGGGGCCCAGGGACGCUGCAAGAGGGGCCUCAGGGGCUGCCAGGGCCCAGCACUCUGCCUGCUCCCCUCCCACCACGGCUGGUAACCUCUCUCCCGGGUAACCUGGUGGCUGGCAGCCACUGAAUAGCGACCCGCUGGCUGCUGCCGACCAUACCAUUCAAACUCCCAGCAGGGGAAGGAGCCAUGAGCACAGAGGGCCCCAGCCUCGACAGCUCCCCAGCCAUCAGCCCCCUCGCCUUUCUCUCAGCUCCCGUCACUCCCGGGACCCUUGCAGAGGCAACUGACCCCCUCCCCAUGCUCAUUGCCCUGGCCUGCAUCUUCCUCCUGCUGGCCACCUGUCUGCUGUUCAUGACGCUCUGCAAGCCGGCCGCGCUGGACCCGAGCCGCCGCAGGGCUCGCGAGUGCAUGCCCCACCACCCCGGGAGCCCCAGUGAGCCCCAGCUCCGGCUCUGGAAGCGCCUGGGCUCCCUGCGCCUCUCCCUGCACAGCUUCCGCCGUGGCUGGCCCACCGCCCCUCGACGGCCCCUGCCGGGCCCCAAUGACCACCACGGCCACUGUGACUGCACGGAGUCUACCAAGAUGUGAUGGGGUGUCCACACACAUGCCCCCACACCCCCCAGGUCUACCUGUAGAUCCUCCUGCUUCAGAGACCGGUGCUGCAGGCUGCAGGAAGACAGUGGCCCAAGCAGCCUGGGCCACACACUCACCCCUGAAGCUCCUUGCAUGCCCAGGCCAGUGCCCUUCCCUAAAGGUGAUCCUCAGAAGAGCACCUUCCUCUCUGCAGACGCCCUAGCUGCUGCUUGAUGAAAGACUUCUUUCUGGUCAAGAGAUGAGCACUCGUGGUCAUCUGGGCCUUUGGCCUGAGGCUCCACAGGGUACAACCUGGGGCUUGUAACCACCUCCUAGAAGCAGCACCCUCGCUCGCCACAGAAGCCUUGCCCUCCACGUGCCAAAGCCCAGCUUGGAGAAGUUGCCAAAUGGCAAAGGUUUUCUUUAGCCAAGUGAAAUGCUCAGCCUACACCGGGGCCAAGGCACUGUCCUGCCAUCUGUGCUGGCCCAGUGCUGGGGCAAAACCUCGGGGCUCCCUUCCUUGGGUUUCCUGGAUGCUACCAGCAUCUGCCUGGUGCUGCCUGUGGGAGCAGCUGCCUCCCUCCUGGUGGAUCAGAUGCCUGGGUGCCGGCUGGGAGGAGGAGCAAGCGGGGCUCUCCAAGUACGGUCUUGGCAGCCAUCUUGGUGGCCCCUCUUCAGGGCACCCACGUUGGGAUCGAUCAGGAAGGGACUGAGGAUAAACAAGGAGGCUCCCUUCAGAGGCCGGGGCGGGUGCUGUGACAGAGUGGCAAGAGGCAGGGCACUUCCAGCAGCUGGAGGUGAUGCCACCUGGGCUUGGAGGAGGACAGCUCACAGCAGCUCCACACCUCACAGCAGCUCCACACCUCACCACAGCUCCACACCUCACCCAGGGAAAGCAGCGGCCUCCUUGAGGGUGGGAUGGUCCAGAUCUCUCCAGGACAGCUGUGGAGACUCGGGUCCGGCCCACACUAGCGAUGCUAUCUAUGGUUUUGGUGAGUGCUUUGCUGACUACCUGUCAAAGCAGUCCCACCCCAGGAUGGGCUUCUCAGAAUCCCAAACCCUUGACCUCUCACCCCAGUGCCAGGGUUAAACACUUUGGUCAGGUCCCAAAUUUGAAGGGUGGGCAGAGGGAGGACUUGGGCUGCCCAGCUUCUGUCCCAGUCAGCUGGCCAGGAUCCCAUCACAAAGCUGCCCCACCCCCAUCCUGCUGUGACCCACAACUCAGCCAGCCAAGUCUUCCCAAGGAGUGAGCUCUGGCUUGCCACUCCCCAUCUCCAAAACCUUCACUGGCUCCCUAGUACCAAAUGGACAUAGCCAAAGCUCCUCAGCCCAGCGUGCAGUGCCCCCUGGGAGCUGGCUCCAGUGAACCUUUCAAGCCUCAUCUUGAUCCAAAACUCCAAGAAAACUGAACAACCUGUCACUCACUAACUGUGACUUAUGCUUCACACAUACCCACUCCGUGAAGCCCUCCUGCCUGGAGCCGCCCCUACUGUCUCCUACCUCUCUUGGGGAGGACAAGGAACAUUCUCUUGGCAGCGUGGGUCCUUCUUGUCUAUGUCUUCUCUUUCCUACCAGCUUGGGAGCUUGCAGAGAGCCAGACCUUGUCCAGCCCCUCACUUUGACUCCCCAGUUCUGUGCACAGAUGUAUGAGGUUUCUGUGUACAGAGUGAAGAGUGGCCCAGCCUGGGGGUGUCCCCACCCUCUGAGGCAGGAGUCCUGGUGGGAGCCGGCACAACACAGAGCCUCAUCUUCCCUCAGAUGCCCCUAGAAAGAUUUCUCUCCAAGCAGGCCCUAUUGGAGAAGCCCACUGUCCCUUCCAAGUCAAUCUGAUCUCAAAAAGUGAGUCCAGCUUCACAAGAAACUUACUUACAGGACCUUGGAGAAGUCAUCCUGAGACCCUGCAUUUUUCCCUGAGAAAUGGGAGAAAUCAGCGCUGCCCUGUAUUAACUCGCUGGCUCUAGGAUUUCAGUACGAGUAGUAUUGUGUAAAUAGAAACCAAGUCUUUGGGUUUAGAAAGUGGGGCAGGCCUCCUCCCUAAGGGUUUUGUUCCUUUCUCCCUUCUGGCUCAGUAACCUCUUCCUGGUUUGCUUCCCUUGGGGCCUCCCUGCACAUCCCAGGCUGGAUUCAGCCUGUAGCCAUCCACCCCACCAGCAGGCCCUGCUGGCCACUAGGCACUCUCUCCCUGGAGGUUGGGGUAGGGGGUGAGGCUGCCCUGAGGCCUGAAGAAGGAAAAGCCCAGGAAGGGGAGGGGCUCUCAAUUGGGUUUCAGGUACCAGGCCAGGGGGUUAUGCUCCAAGUCCUUAUAAGCUGAG